AUGGCUCAGGAGCUGAUUAGAGGUUAUGGAAGGAAUCACAUAUCUCCUAGGUGUAUGGUGCAAAUUGAUAUCCAAAAGGCCUAUGACCCUAUUGAGUGGCAUACUUUGUUUAAAAUCUUACAUGAGUUAGGAUUCCCUAGUAUGUUUGUAGACUGGAUUUUUGCUUGUGUCACCACUGUUUCCUACAGGUAUUCCAUCAAUGGGAGCCCAUCUAGAUUGCUCAAAGCCAAGAGAGGCUUAAGACAGGGGGAUCCCAUAUCCCUUCUCCUUUUUGUUUGGCUCAUGGAAUAUUUGCACAGGCUGCUCUUGACCUUAGCAAAAAUACCAAACUUCAAGUUCCAUCCAAGAUGUGAUAAGUUGCAUAUAACAAACUUAUGUUUUGCAGAUGAUCUUCUUAUCUUCACCAAGGGGGAGCUUAUUUCUGUUCAACUCAUGAUGGAAAAAAUCAGAGAGUUCUCUGCCAGCACAAGGCUUAUUGCUAGUCAUCCUAAAAGUAAGAUUUAUUUUGGAGUAGUGAGGGAAGAUACUCAAGAGCUAAUUCAGCAGGAAAUGGGGUUUGCUAUUGGUACCUUGCCUUUCAAAUACUUAGGUGUUCCCUUGGCUAGUAGAAAGUUGACUAUUCAUAUGUGUCAACCUUUGAUUGAGAAAAUGACUGGCAGACUUAAUCACCGGUGCACCAGGCUUCUUUCUUAUGCAUGUAGAAUUCAAUUGGUUAGGAGUGUCCUCUUCUCCAUAGCUAAUUAUUGGAUGAAGGUGUUCCCUCUUCCAAAGAAGGUUAUUCAUCAUGUUGAAGCAAUCUGUAGAAGCUUCAUCUGGACAAGAAAAGAGAACAUUUCAAAGAAGGCUCUGGUUUCUUGGGAGAGCAUGUGUGAUCUAGUUUCUGCUGGAGGAAGAAACAUGACUGAUUUGACAUUAUGGAAUAAAGAUACAAUAGGAAAAAUGCUGUGGAAUCUAUGUGCCAAGGCUGACAAGCUGCGGAUUGGAUGGAUUCACAUGCACUAUAUUAAAGGAAGGGACUGCACCAAUUUUAUUCCUCCCCAACAGAGCUCAUGGAUGUUAAAGUGUAUGUUCAAGUAUGGAAUAGAGAUAAGGAGGAUAGAGGCUUGGGGAGAAGCUAACAUGCAGCAAAAGUACAUAACUAGGAGGAUAUAUAAGGGCCUGCAGGGUACAAAGCCUACUGUACCUUGGAGAAGAGUCUUCUUUGGAAAUGGAGCUAGACCAAGGGCUAUCUUCAUCCUAUGGCUUGUUUUCAGAAACAAAUUGAUGACCAAGGAUAGAUUGUUUAAAAUUGGAAUCCAAACAGAUGGCAAGUAUACAUACUGUGGGGACUAUGAGAGAUGUCAACAUUUGUUUUUUGAUUGUAGAUAUACAAAGAACAUAUGGAUGCAGGUACUACAUUGGCUAAAGAUGGAUCAUACCCCUCAGAAGUGGGACUUGGAGUUGGAUUGGCUGUGUAAAACUGUUAACAGAAAGAAUAGUCAAAAUAAAGUUCUACAAAUUGCAAUUGCUGAAAUGACAUAUGCUGUGUGGAUUGUGAGGAAUUAG